GGAAGUGUGUCGCCCCCUCCGCAUAGGCUGCGCGCGUUUGCUCGCCGUUCUGCUCGGAAAUCAUUCGGAGCUCCGCUGCCCACCGGCCGCCCCCGCAGCCCCACGUACACACAGCCGAGACAGCGGGAGCAAUGUGGGGAAACCGGGCACCCUUUUAAUUAACGCCCAGCACACGGAGGCACGGGAGGAUUUGUGGUCGAGGCGCACGCAUCGAGCGGAUUUAGGCGGAAAAGUCGGCGCGCCGAUGGAAUUCGUUUAGCCAGCGCAGCGCAGCCGCGGUUGUUCGGGAAUACACUGAAGAUGUGCUGGAUUUGUUAACGAGAAAGGAAGACAGGGUGGCACUAUGGGUGAUGGAGGAGCUCUGCGGACAGAGGGAAAUGCCCUGCUCAAGGCCGUGUUCCAAGGCAAGCUCCGCCUUGCCCGUUUGCUACUGGAGGGAGGUGCAUACAUCAAUGAAGGCAAUGAGCGAGGGGAGACACCUAUCAUGGCUGCCUGCAUGGCAGGAUAUGAUGACGUGCAGACGCGGCAGAAAAUGGUACGCUACCUUUUAGAGAAAGGUGCUGACCUAAACAUCCCUGAUAAAUCAGGCCGGACUGCCUUGAUGCACGCAUGUGCUGAGCGGGCUGGUAAAGAUGUUGUGUCACUCCUCCUGGAGAAUGGCGCAGACCCAAGUCUCAAAGACUACUCUGGGUCCUCAGCUCUAAUGCAUGCCAUCAACAAAGGAGACCGUGAAACCCUGCAGAUACUUCUAGAUGCCUGUAAGGCCAAAGGCAAAGAGGUGAUCAUUAUAACCACAGAUACAUCACCAUCAGGUACUAAGAAGACCAAGCAGUACCUGAACUCUCCACCUUCACCCGGUGUGGUGGACAAACUCUCACCGGCAUGCAUGUCUCCAUCAGAGGUGGAGAUCCGAACCUCAAACUCACCUGCUGGAGAAGAGGAGGAAGGGAUCUUUAGCUUUGCUCUUACUUCCGCCCUCCCCUUGCCCUCAAACAGGCCCCCGGGUGAAAGGAGACCACCACCACGUAAGCUUCUCAAAAGACUGAAUUCAGAGCCCUGGGGCCUAGUCGCACCAAGCAUACUGGCUGAGAGAGGUGAGAUGUUGGAGGGCAGCCUAGCAGAGGAGGACAAGGUGGUGUCAGAGAUGAAUGGCAUGUCAAUCUCUGGUCCAGGUAGACCACUGCUUUCACGCAGACACAGCAUUGAAACUCAUGACCCCUGCUCACCAAAGCUGAUUGACCGCUCCUGCUCCGAAGAUUGUGCAGCCCUCUGUGGUUCCUCUUGGGCUGACAAGGUACAGCAGCAUCAAUCACUGUACCGCAGAAACACAGCACCUGAGUCACAAGAGAAUGCGGGUCUCAAUCGUGCUCUGGCUCACCCCAAACUUACACGCAUGGAACACUAUGAGUCUGAUACACACCUGUGUCCUGAGUCCAUUCCCGGUUCUCCAGAUUCUGGUCGUGUGUCUGUAGAACGGCGCAAAUACAAUGCCUCACCACUAUCAUUAGUUGCCAGUUCCUCACGGGAGUCCCUAGAAAGCAUCCCAAACUCGGUGUCCCCCAUCACUAUGAGGAGGAGACCACCUGGCUUACUGGAGCGGAGGGGCUCUGGCACACUUCUACUGGACCACAUCUCACACACUCGGCCUGGAUUUCUUCCCCCGCUCAAUGUCAACCCCCAGCGACCCAUUCCGGACAUCCGAACCAAUGGCAAGGCCUCUUCACCCGUGCACUCUGGAAACAAGAUCCUGCUGCCUGUAGCACCCACAUCACCAAAGCGUGUUCUGGAUUUCAAGAUGAAGAAGAAGUUGAUGAGGCGGCAUUCCAUGCAGACAGAACAGAUGAAGCAGCUCUCCACCUUUCAGGAGCUAAUAGCAGAGAAGGUCAUGGAGGUCAACGGAGACUAAGAGUUAUGGGAGAAUGGCUCUCUUUGUCUCACUCUUAUUCAGUCACUCACACAUUCAUUCACUCAAACACACACACACCACAGGAUAAUGAAACACAUCGUAAUCUAAAAUGCAUAAACCAUAUUCUUAGAGUUAUUGACACGAAAUGAUAGUGAAAAGCCACCAGUUACGCCAGCUGAUGGUUAAUGACUUUUUAUUGCUUUUUCUGACCGUCAUUUUUGGACAUGUUAGCACAUUUAGCCAAGCUGUUCCUAAUCAUUUUGUUUAUUUUUGAUUUAUUGUAUUACUGUUAUUUAAAAUGUACAUUUUUACACUUGAACAUGUUUCAUUAGAUUUUGUUAAAAUGUCAGCAAGGUUAAAGUUGCUGGCGAAGUAACACAAUGUCUUUUAAAAGCAUAUCAAAGAGAUAUUUAAAAAUGAUCAGUUUCUACUGAUCGCAAACCAAAUGCCAGAAUUAUGUUUUCCCUCUCUGAAAUCAUAACAACUGCUAAAAAGCUUUCAUUUACUGCACACUAAUCUCUAUUAUUGGAGAUGCCUUGAGUUAUAGCUAAUCACUUUAAGAAGUUUGGAUUUUGACCACCGUUGUUUGGUUGUAGCAUUGAAAUCUAAACAGUUUUCAUGGCUGAAAAAAAAGACAGUAAGUAAGUAUGAUUUCAUUAUCUUAUUAAAGUUUUUUUUAAGUGCAAUUAGGUAUCCCAAAGAACUUGUUUAACACCAUUUCACACUCACAUUACUAAAAUGGGCAAGACAUAGACAAACUCAUUACGAAUAGCAACGGAUGUUGUGUCAUGUGUGCAGAAGAGGCAGAGCGCACAUGUAGAUAUUGUACAGAUUUCACAGGCAGUAAAACAACCAUUAGCAUUUUAAGUAUUUCUGUGUGCAAUAUUUUGUGCUGCAAGAUCUCUGGUUUCAUAUCAUUGUGGUGAACAUUGGGUAAUCAGUCACAUUUGCAGCACGAAGAGUAAUUUGCACUUUGCAGAAAAAAAAAAUCUAGUGGACACGACAAACUAUGUUAACCCUUACGAAAAAAGAGUAUACACACAUUUGAAAUGAAAUUAUUUUCAGUGUAGUGUUUG